AUGCCACAUCAAGAAAGAGAUAGAAAACAUAAUGGACAUCAUGGAGGAGGAAAACACAAACACAGUGUUUUAGACAAAGCACAAGAAGUUCUGGAGAGUAUCGAUGCCAGCUCACCAGUAAUCAGAUCCUUUCAGCAGUAUGCUGCCGAACUGGACUUCAAGCAUGAUAAAUAUGAAAGAAUCGUGAAGCUGGGUAGAGACAUUACCAUUGAGAGCAAGAGAAUCAUUUUCCUGCUGCACACACUGGAUAGGGAAAGCAAAAGAAAAACUGUCCUGGCAGAAGCAAUGUCACGUCUGAUGCAGCUUGUCAAUACACAUUUCAAGGCUAUAGCUAAAGAACUGAAAGGAGAGGAUCCUUACCAGUACAUGAAAGCAUAUAGUGCAGGUUUGCAAGAAUACAUUGAAGCAGUGACAUUCCAUGAUUAUCUUAUGAACAGUAGUCUUCCAAGCUGGACCAAGAUUCAAGCAGACCUAAACUACACAAAUAUGGAUGUAUCUACUGAACAUGAGAGGCCAAACACAACUGUAACUGAAGAUAACAGUGAGAACACUCGUUCAGCUGGUUAUCACAAUGAUUUUCCCCUUAAAACCUUUGUCUCACCAGUGGAUUACAUCCUGGGAGUAGCAGAUUUAACAGGAGAGCUGAUGCGGAAAUGCAUCAAUAACCUGGGCUCAGGAGAUAUAGAAGGCUGUUAUCAGACUUGUACAUUUGUGAGAGAGAUUUACAGUGGAUUCUUGGGUGUCAGCUGCACAGGAUUCAAGGAGAUUGCACGGAAAAUUGUCACCCUACGCCAGAGUCUUAGCAAGAUGGAGAAUGCAUGUUACAUGAUUCAUGUGCGGGGCUCUGAAAUUCCAAAACACAUGCUAGCUGAUGUCAUCAGUGGAACACAGGAUGUUUUCCUUGAAGAAGAUGAAGGAUUCUGCUAGCAAAACCUGAAAGUCAUGUUUAAAUUAAACUGAGUAUUAUCCUCUCUGGUACUGUGUGUUUUAAAAUAAAUAGAACAUUUAUCAGUAA